GUUGGCGCCGCCGGGAGGGUGGGAGGGUGGCGUGAAUGGGCGCGGGCUCGUUGGGCCAGGGCUGAUAGGUUCGGUGAAUGGAUUCUGAUGCAGCGUACAUGUAGCGCCUGUAGCGGAGAAACAGCUCAACAGAUUCCAACUAAAAUGGCUCCUGAUACAGCCCGGUCUGCCCUUGAAUUCACAGUGAUCCUCCUGCCUCAGCCUCCCGAGUGCUGGGAUGACAGAUUGGCUAUGAAAAUGAGAUUUGCAUAUAUUUAGUUCCUGGCAUGUUGUAAACACUCAAAAGGAGCAACUCCAUGGGCAUCGGGAUCAAGGAGAACUUGUUUUUGAAUCCUAGUAAGUCGAACCACAUACUGUCUCAGGUGCCUUUGCCCGUGGCACUCACCUGGCCCUCACAGCAGGCUGCCAAGGCUCUUGGGAACAAAGUCAAGGCCAGGGAGAGGAUGGUCUCGGUGACUAUGGCCACUUCCGAGUGGAUCCAGUUCUUUAAGGAAGCUGGCAUCCCCCCUGGACCUGCUGUGAAUUACGCUGUGAUGUUUGUGGAUAAUAGGAUCCAGAAGAGCAUGCUGCUGGAUCUCAACAAGGAAAUCAUGAACGAGCUGGGCGUGACCGUGGUGGGUGACAUCAUCGCCAUCCUCAAGCAUGCCAAGGUGGUGCACCGCCAGGAUAUGUGCAAAGCUGCCACUGAGUCGGUCCCUUGCAGCCCUGGGGCCCUCCCGGCUGAGCUACGCCGUGGCACCUCUAGCGCUGCCUCUCGAAUGAUCACCAACAGUCUGAACCGCGACUCCCCGCCCAGCACUCCCCCAAGGCGGCCGGACACCAGUACUUCUAAGAUCUCAGUCACUGUGUCCAACAAGAUGGCAGCAAAGAGUGCCAAGGCCUCCGCUGCCCUGGCGCGCGGGGAGGAGGAGAGCCUGGAGGUUCCUGCUAAGCGGCGCCGGGUCACUGCCGAGAUGGAAGGGAAAUACAUCAUUAAUAUGCCCAAGGGCACCACCCCCCGGACCCGCAAGAUCCUGGAGCAGCAGCAGGCAGCCAAAGGUCUGCACAGGAUGUCCGUGUUUGACCGCCUCGGCGCUGAGACCAAGGCCGACACGACCACAGGGAGCAGGCCCACAGGAGUUUUUAGCCGUCUGGGGGCCACCCCAGAGGUGGAUGAAGAUCUGGCAUGGGACAGCGACAAUGACAGCAGCAGCUCUGUCUUGCAGUAUGCUGGUGUCCUGAAGAAGCUAGCACGGGAUCCAGCUAAGGCCAGUCCCCAACCGGCUCUGACUGUCAAAGCUAAGGCCACAAGCUCAGCAACACCAGCAGCCACCCCAACUCUGCGACGCCUUGCCCUUUCCUCCCGCCCUGGGCUCGAGAGGAAGCCGGAGUCCCUGUCCAAAGUCAGCAUCAUCCAGAGACUGGGCAAGGCCGCCCUUGUGUCUGAGGCCCAGGACAGCCAGGUCACCAGCACCAAGAGUAAGUCUUCGGCUGAGGUCAAGGUCACCAUUAAGAGGACUCUGGUGGGGCCCCGGGGGAGCAGCUCCAGCGAGGGCCUCGGUGCCCGGAUGGACCAUGCGGGCUCUGUGAGCGUGUUCAAAAGACUGGGCCGCAGGGCCUUUUAGCACACGCGAGGGCGGUGUGUAGCCCCUCGGGCUCCUGGCUCCAGCUCAGUCUGCCCGGGGGCUGCUCGCCUCCUGCCAGCUCUGGGUGGCACUGCUUGUCUCCGUCAGUGUGGCACUGGCCCGAGCCCUAGGCCGUGCACUGGUUGGUUUCCUGGGCUGGGUGGUCGCUGCGGCCUGGCUGUGCCUGCUCUGGGACUAUCCCUUCCCUGCUUUCUGUUCUCUGCUCUCUUGCCAAGGCCUUGGCAGAACCAUGUGCUCUGUCUCCCAGGUGCCUGGUGCCCUUCUCUCCCACAGCCCCCUUCUUCCCUCUCGGUGGCGGCAUCUGUUGCCGGCUCUUGUGCUUCCCUGUUUUCCCUCUGCCCACAGAGGGUGUCUCCAGGGGGCUCCUGGCUCCCCAUCCCCCAGCUGCCCUCACCCCUUCCCUCCCUGCUGCUGUAACGUCUGCUCUCUCUUCACCCCAUUCACUUCUCUUCUGUUUUCUGUCCCUGU